AUCCAGUGCAGCCACAGUUUUAGCAAAGCUUUAAGAAAACCUUGAAGAGUGAUUAUAGGUACACUUUAAAAUCAGAAAAAAAAAAAAGAAGUUAAGCAUGCAGGAGGUAAUAAAUACUUUGUCAGCGCUUACGACUGAAGAAAUUAAUCGGCCAUUAGCCGAUUUUCCGGUGAAUAUAUGGGAAGAUCCCUUGAUCUCUUUUCCUGUUUUAGACCCGGAGAGUGAGAUAAACGAAGAGAAGCUGAGUUCACUAAAGGAAACCGUAAGAGAAUUGUUAAUGGCUUCAAAAGAAGAGCCGAUAGAGAACAUCAAAUUAAUUGAUGCUCUUUGUCGCCUUGGUAUCUCCUACCACUUUGAAGGAGAAAUCUUCGCGCAGUUAGAGACGAUGUUUGGUUGUCAUGGUUUUAUGCAGAUGAUAAGAGACAAUGAGUUCGAUUUAUACACCGUCUCUCUUGUCUUCCAAGUUUUUAGACAAUUUGGCUAUAAACUUGGUGUCGAUGUGUUUAACAACUUCAAGAAUAAGGAUGGAAAGUUCAAGGAGCACCUAGCUGAGGAUGCAAGAGGUCUUUUAUGCCUUUAUGAAGCUGCACAUUGGAGCACCCAUGGCGAAGACAUUCUCGAUGAAGCUCUUGCUUUCUCUAGGUAUCAUUUGGAAGGACUGACUGAUCAAUCUAGUCCACAUAUGUCCAUCCGCAUUAAAAAUGCCCUCAAACAUGCAUACCCUAGGGGUAUAUCAAGGAUAGAGACACGGCAAUAUAUCUCAUACUAUGAAGAAGAAGAUCUGCACGACCAAACCUUGCUUGAAUUUGCUAAGAUAGAUUUCAAUCUUCUGAAAAUGUUGCACCGCAAAGAGCUUUGCCAAGUCUUCAGGUGCCAUUUUGAGCUAGCCAGAUAUAUUAUAUAUACAUUUAAAACUCUUAUAUGGAGAGACUACCUUAAUGAUUGUUGGUUCUUCUUUUUUUAUAGGUGGUACUCAAGUCUAGAGCUAGACUUGAAACUACCAUAUGCAAGGAAUAGGACUGUCGAAAGCUACUUGUGGGCUGUUGGAGCAUAUUCCGAGCCCCGAUAUUCUCAAGCAAGGAUUAGAUUGGCCAUUGUUGUUAUCUUAUUGACUCUUGUUGAUGAUACAUACGAUGCAUAUGGCACGAUUGAGGAACUCGAACCAUUUACAAAUGCAUUGAUUAUGUGGAAUUCUAGCGGCAUAGAAGGGCUCCCGGAGAGUAUGAAGUAUCUUCAUCAUGUGGUGUUAGAUUUCUAUGGAAAACUUGAGGAGGAUAUGGAGAGGGAAGGCAGGUCCGGAUGCGGCCUUCUCGCUAAAAAAUCGAUGAUUGUAACUGCUAAAGCCUAUCUUCAAGAGGCAAAAUGGUUGAGUGAAGACUAUGUGGCAACAUUUGACGAGUACAAAGAAAACGGAGUUUAUUCAUCGAGCUACUUAGCUCUGUUAACAGGAUCCUUUCUAGGAAUGGUGGAUGAAGGCACACUUGAUGUGUUUGAAUGGUUAAGCACUUUCCCACCCCUUCUUGUGACUUCUGCACUAAUAGGCCGUCUCUGUGGUGACAUUGCUAGUUGCGAGUUUGAACAUAAGAGAAAGCACGUAGGAACAUCCAUUGAUUGUUAUAUGAAGCAAUAUGGUAUUUCAUGGGAAAACGCGGAAGAAGAGAUCAAAAUCAUGGCAUUGGAUUCAUGGAAGAGUCUUAAUCAAGAACUUAUGACGAGAGAUCACUCUUUUCCUUUCCCUAUCGUCAUGCGAUUCCUAAACCUCUCGAGGGUCGUCGAAGUUUUCUACAAAGACACAGACAUUUUCACGUAUCCUGAGUUGAUGAAACAUCACGUGGUUUCUUUAUUCCUUAACAAGAUAUCUAUUUGAGCAGAACUUUACGACAGUGCAAGUUGUUUUUUUUAGUUUCUCCGUUUCAUGUUGUGUGGAAAUUAGCGGUAAAAAAAAAAAAAAAAAUUAGCGGUUUUCUUCUGUCGCAUUAAUUCAUCACAUUGUGCGUUUUUUUGUGUGUGUUUCAAAAUUCAAAUCCUCAAUAUGACGAUGACUAAUAUAUUUAUGGCUGUGUUUCGUA